AUGACACAAGAAGACUUUGUGGAAGAAGAAUUAUUACCAACAAAACAAGAUGAAUGGGGCAUUUCACCAACAUCAUCUCAUGACAAUGGAGCCAUAACACGGCAACUUUCCUUAACAAGAAGUCUUAGUGAAAUAUCAAACGAUGAAAUACGUCGUAAAGAAGUUAUAAAUAUUUCCACCUCUAAUCCUUCUCAUUUAUUCUGGGUGCCCGCUUCACAACACCCAGAAAUUGCACCAGCAGAGUUUGAAAAAUAUGUUAAAGCACACGGUUUAGUUAUAAGAAGGAGAAGUGAAAAAAGAAGACAAUCCAUUCUUUCUGUUUAUUUUACAGCUAAUGAAGAAGAGGAUAAGAGCAUUAAAAAGUCAUUACAAAGAAGUGCUAGUUUGCAAACAGCAACUGCAGGAGAAUAUGCUCGAAAUAUACCUGAUUUGUUAAUUUUUGAUAGAAAUUCAUCACCUUUGGAUAAGUCUCGAGCACUUGUUCCAAAAGCGGACAGACCAUUAUUAAGAAGAGGUGCUCGUACAAAUUUUAAAAGAAACUCAUCACUUAAUAAAUCACCAACAGAUCAUGAUAAAGACUUUAAUUAUUCUCAGAAUAGGACUAGUAAGCAUGAUGAUGAGGGAGUAAUAGUAACUGAUGCUGUUGAAAGACAAAAAGAGGUGCAUAUACCAGCAACAGAGAAUGAUCAUGUAAGGGAUUUAUGUGUUGCAACUAGACGACAGGAAGAAUAUGACAUCAUAACUUCCGAGCCAGAUCCUAUUGCUAUAUCUCGAUCCGUUUCUACUUCUCUUUCAACCGCUAAUAAUCGUAAAAGUAGUUGGUCAUGGGCAUUUUGGUUAGAUGAAAAGUCAGCUAAAAAGAAUAAUAAAGUAGAUUCUGAAGAACAACAACAAAAAGACUCACAUAAUACAACUUUAAACCAUAAGAAAGUAUUUACAUUAUCGUCUUUAUUUUCGAGAAAGUCUAAAAAUAAUCAACAACAGAAUUACACAUCAAAUAUUGAGACAAUGACAUCAGGCCUACUGACUAAACCAUCGAAUGAUAUUCAAUUACAUAAUCCUAUGAACAUGACUCGAUUACCUUUACAUGUCGAGAGAGCCAUCUAUAGAUUAUCUCAUAUCAAGUUAGCUAACCCACGGCGUCCAUUACAUGAGCAAGUUUUAAUUUCAAAUCAAAUGUUCUGGUAUUUAUCCGUUAUAGCUUGUAAUCAGAACACAGCAGAGACUAAAUUGAUUGAAGAGAAAAAGAGAAGGAAGCGACUUGUAAAGAAACAGAGAGCACCUCCAAAGAAUUCAACUACCAAAUUUAUCUCUUCUAAUCGUUCGACUGAAUCAACAGGAUUUAUUGUACCUGAAAAUUAUUUAAAUCCAAGCUCAUUAAAAAGACCUAUGAAAGCUGGUUAUAACACAUCACUUUAUCAUAAGCAACAACCCCAAAGUAGUGAUAGUUCAUCUUCUGAAGAUGAUGAUUCAUUAUCAAGUGAUGAGGAUGAAGAUUAA